AUGUCCGACCAGCAGGUGACGCUGCGAACUCGCAAGUUCAUCCGCAAUCCUCUCCUCAGUCGCAGACAGAUGGUCUUAGACGUUCUCCACCCCAGCCGACCCAACUGUUCCAAAGACGAACUGCGAGAAAAGCUCGCUCAACUCUACAAAGCAAACAAAGACCAAGUCAGCGUCUUCGGAUUUCGAACACACUAUGGUGGAGGCAAGAGCACCGGGUUCGCUCUGAUCUACGACUCGCACGAGGCUAUGAAGAAGUUCGAGCCACAUUACAGACUGGUCAGGGUGGGAGCUGCACAAAAGAUUGAGAAAGCUAGCAGACAGCAACGUACGUUCUAUCCUGUUCUGGCCGAUGAUUAUACCCUGCAUAUUUCGCCCGCUGGGAAACAACGAAAGAACCGAGCGAAGGAGGUCCGUGGUACAGCGAAGACGAAGAGCGCAUCCAAGGACAAGAAGAAAUAA